AUGCCGGCUAGGGGCAAGAGAAAAGGGAAAGGCAAGAUAAAAAAAAAAGACAAAGACAAGAUUAAGAAGAUACCAAAAAUGGAGGAAAGUACAAUAGAAAGAGCCAAGGCCAGUGCCUCCCUUUGGGAGGCCAGGCUGGAAAUCACAGAACUCUCUAGGAUUGAGUAUCGUGAUACUUCUCUGAGACUUGCGAAAACGAAUGAGGACUUAAAGAAACAGCAGUAUAAAAUGGAGAAAGACACAAUGACUGUAUUAAGCUACCUGAAGAAGCAGGAUCAGGAGAAAGAUAAUAUGAUUGAAAAACUAAAACAGCAAUUGACUGAAACAAAGGAAAAAGCUCAAGAGGAGAAGGAGAAAUUGGAACAAAAGUAUAAUGUGCAAAUACAUGAACUGGAGGGACAGUUCUAUCAGAAAGCCAAAGAAAUUAGCAUGAUUCAGACAGAGCUAAAAACAAUAAAACAAUUCCAAAAACGAAAAAUUCAAGUGGAGAAAGAAUUAGAAGAUCUGAAGGAGAAUUUGAGGAACUCAGAGCGGAAACAUCAAGAGACUCUUAGAAAAUUGGAAACCAGGUUUUUUGAAGAAAAGCACCGACUAGAAAUGGAAGCUGAAAAGAAGAUAAUAAUGCUGGCAGAGAGAGCCCAUCAUGAAGCUGUUGUGCAGCUGAACAGUGCUGGAAGAGCUGUUUUUAAAGAGAAUGUUUAUCUCCAGAAAGCUCUUGACUACCACCUGAAGGAAGCUGAUACUCUACAAAAAAAAUCUAAGCAGUUGCUAGAGUCUAAAACUUCCCUUUUAUAUCAAAAGGAAAUCGACAAUCUGUUGGUUAAGGAAAAGGUUAUGCAAUUUACCCAGCAGAGAUCGCAAAUCAAAAGUCUUCAGAGGAAGGUGUUAACCUUGGAGAAUGCCCUGAAAUGUCUGACUAGAGAGUUUGAGACUGAAGUUCUAAAACUGAAGCAACAGGCAAUGGUAAAUAACCAAGGUGAUCAGAUUGAAAUUUUCAAGCUGCAGAACCUUCUUCAGAAGAAGGACAAGGAAAUGAAUAGAGUGAAGAAAUUGGCCAAGAACAUACUAGAUGAGAGAACAGAAGUGGAAAGGUUCUUUUUGGAUGCUCUAUACCAAGUGAAGCAGCAGAUUGCAUUUAACAGGAUACAUUAUAAGCAGGUGGCACAAGCUGCUUUCAAUUUAAAAAUGCGAGAGGCAUAUGCAGGAAGAACAGAAUAUCCUAAAAUUCGAACGUUUGAUGGCAGAGAGCACAGCACCAAUAGUGUGGAUCAGGAUCUUAUGGAGGCUAGUAAAUGGUACUAA